AGUUGCAAUAUUUUCAAAAAGUUUUAAAUUAAGUUCGUAUCUCCUCUCAUGUAGCAUGUAAGAAAACCCUAAUCUUGCACAAAACCCUUCUCCUUGUUUCUCAGUCCAACCCCACAUCAGUCACCCGUCACCAUAACACCCCUCUUUCUCUCCCUUGCUUUCUGCAGCUAUCCCCACUCUCUCCUUCCUAAAUUCUAUCCUUACUGUUAUUCUUGUUUGACUAUGAUCACAACUUACCCAAUCCACGUCGCCAUUGUUUUUGAUCAAUGAAGCUUUUUAUUAAUGUUAUUCUUCUUCUUCUGUGCUGCAACACCUUCAUUUGAAGUGGGUUAUUAUUAUUCAAUUUUGUAAAUUAAUAAUCCAACGAAGACCAAAUAAAAAGGAAUCUUUCCUUUUUAUUUAUUUUUUAUAUUUAUUGGGUUCAUCUAUAAGGGUUUAAUUUACUUCUGAGUAUCAUUUUGUGUAAUGGCUAUGGCUGACAAUGAAGGUGGAGAUGAUCGUAAACAAAAUAAUGAGGGUGUUAAUGGCGGAAAUAAUGGCCCUAAAUCACCUUGGAAAAGUCCAAUUGAUAAGUCAGCUGAUAUUGAUAAUGAUACUGAUACUCCUCUUAUGGGCACUGAAGCUUGGCCUGCUCUUUCCGAUACUCAGCGCUCUAAGAUGCCUGACUCACCUUCUCAAUUGGCAGCUUCUGAGGGAGCUAAUUCUGGCCUCCAAUCCCCUUCCAAUAAUGGGCAGGGCUCAGCUUGGCAGCAUAAAGCUUCUAAUUCUUCUCAUAAGCAUGGGCAAAAUCGCCAUUUUAGAAAUGGACCGAAGCGUAACCCAAAUAUUGUGCCUCCUUUUCCUGGUCAUCAUGUACCAUAUUAUCACCCAAUGCCACCACAUGUUUUUUCUCCUAUGGUUCCUUCUCCUGUUCCACUUCCAGGUUAUGGUUACCAGCCAAUUCCACCCCUUUUCCCAGGGGCUGAGAAUCAAAUAUCCCAGCCGAGUAAUGAGACUCCAACGCAAGGUAUGGUGACAUCAAGUCAUUGUAUUGAUGCUAGUAGAUCUCCACGCGGAGACGCUAAUGUGAGUGGUCCUACUAGCUCCAGUAGAAGACCUAACGUUCCUGACACCGCUGAUGCUCAACCAUAUCCUUUGUGGAAUUACCCACGCGCAUUUGGUCCUAGAGAUGGUAUGAUUCCACAUGCUAUGCCUAGGGUUUAUGCUCAACCUUCUUUUAUUGCGCCAACUCCACCAUUUGUAGGUGGACCAAGCUUCCCAGGUGGUGCAUCAAUAUAUUAUAUCUCUCCUGCUCCGCCCGGUUCUAUGAGAGUACCAUACCCCCCACGCUUCGUUCCACAUCCUCCGAGUCCUAUGGCACCGAUGCCACCCGAGAUACUAGCACUGAGUGAUAGCAUAGUAAAGCAGAUUGAGUACUAUUUCAGUGAUGAGAAUUUGCACAGCGACCAUUACUUGAUUUCUCAAAUGGACGACCAAGGAUGGGUUCCAAUAUCUGUAAUUGCUGAUUUUAAAAGGGUCAAAAGAAUGAGUACAGACAUACCAUUUAUUCUAAAUGCACUUCAGAGUUCUAGAGCCGUAGAAGUGCAGGGUGAUAGGGUUAGAAAACAUGACAACUGGUCAAAAUAUAUUGCUCCAGAGCGUGCAUUUCCUGCAAAAGUUCAGAUGUCCAUGGACCAAGCUACAAGCACAGAGAGCAUUGAUGUGGAGAAUAAUGUGCUUAAUGAAGUUAGGAAGGAUGUAUCAACUGAAAGAGCUGCUAUAUACUCAUCAGCUAGUGAUGAUUUAAAAGAGGUAUCCAGAAAUGACCUUGAACCUAAAAGUGUAGAUAGCAGUCAAAAGACUGUACAUGAUAGUGAUAAACAAGCUCUGGUUAAUGAAAAAGCAUUAUAUGAAAAAUCGAGGUCCAAAACAAGCAUCUCUUCGGUCGAUGUGAGAAAUAGUUUUCCCACCAAUGAUCAUUUUAAAGGACACACUUUUACAAGAGUUUCUCGUAUAGCUGAUGGUGUGGAAGAACAACGUGAAUCUAAUGUGAAUCUUGAUGACUUGUCAUCUGAUUUUUCUGGUACUUUCAUGCUUGAUGAAGAGCUAGAAAUGGAGGGAAAAAUGGAAAACGCAGGUCUUCAUAAUUCACUUAAAAGGAUUGAGGACGAAGAUGACGAGAUGCUGAUAAAUGAUCAGGAUCUUGAGAGACUUGUAAUUGUCACUCAGAAUAGUAGUGUCCUUGGAGCUGGAAAUAAAGCUCAGAAGCUCAAUACCAUUUCAAAGGAGCUUGCAUCUGCAAUCGAUGAGGGUCUUUACUUCUAUGAGCAGGAUCUCAAAGCAAAAAAGUCUCAUCGCAGAAAGAUGAAGUCUAGUAUCGAAGGAAAAGAUGGGAGCUCUAGAUCUCCUAUAACUUCUACUGGUGUGAUAAAGUCACCUGAAAAUUUUUCUGGUGGUCACGGGAGUGAUGAGGUCGGGAAUCAUAAUAACAGAAGGAAACAAAACAAGGGCUCUGUAAAGCCACAGUCAAGCCACAAACAGAGAUUUUUCUCGAGCAACUUCAGGAACCAUGGAGUUGGUCGUAACAACUUUGGAGUAAUAUCAGAAAGUCCUCCAAGUAAUUCGGUCGGUUUUUUCUUCAGUUCUACACCCCCUGAAAACCCUAGUCUCAGGUCUUCAAAAUUGAGUGCUUCUCCUCAUGGGAAUGUCGCAGAAAGUAGCCCUCCAGUGGGCUCCUUGCCAAAGUCUAUCCCUCCAUUUCAGCAUCCAAGUCACCAGUUACUAGAGGGAAAUGGCUUCAAACAGCAGAAGUACCUGAAGUACCAGAAGCGAUGCCUAAAUGACCGAAAGAAGUUAGGAAUCGGGUGCAGCGAGGAAAUGAAUACUAUUUACAGAUUUUGGUCGUAUUUUCUUAGAGAUACAUUUGUUCCAUCAAUGUACAAUGAGUUCCAGAAAUUAGCACUAGAGGAUGCAGCCGCUAAUUACUAUUAUGGGCUGGAAUGCUUGUUCAGGUUCUACAGUUACGGCUUGGAGAAGGAAUUUAGAGAUGAUCUUUAUGGGGAUUUCGAACAGCUCACUCUCGACUUCUACAAGAAAGGCAAUCUUUACGGACUUGAGAAGUACUGGGCAUUCCAUCAUUACCGGGAAGCACGAGAUAACAACGAACCCUUGAACAAAAAUCCCGAGUUGGAGAGGUUGCUAAGAGAGGAGUUUCGGAGUUUAGACGACUUUCGCCGUGCCAAAGAAAAAUCAAAAGUGAAGGACGACAAUAAGCCUAUACCUGCUUAAUGUGUAUACAAAAGGCGACCCAAUUUUGAGAAGCUUAUAUCUAACUUGAUAGAUGAAAAUGAGGGCAAGCUUGCAUUUACUCCACAGAGAGGAGGCAUGGAUUUUGUAUGUUUGGAAGUUUCGUAGCUGUUGGCCAAGGCUUUUGCGAGUAUUUCCUUGCAAUCCCGCCUUUUUAUAUGCCAUUGCCAUUGGCUAUCCUUUAUUCGCGUUGUAUCAGCGAGUUUAGAAUGGCGUUGUGUAUUUGAUGUCUCUUCUUUGGGUUUUUUUGUACAUAAGAUAACUGGAAAAACCCUACAAAAGCCCAAAAAAAGUGGAAAAAUAAAAUGAAAAAAGAACAAAAUGACUCAAUGAAAACAAUUUUACAAUCCUUUGGAA